AUGAUGAACGAGAGAGGCGAUUCCAACGCCGUCACGCUCGUGAGAGCAGACGAACGAGACGAGGAAGAGACGGUCAAGAGGGGUGGCAAGACUUCCUGCGACCGCCUCUUGUUCUGUUCUCUGCACGUGAUGGGCUCUAGUAACCUGGUGGAAGAGGUCACGGGCUGCUGUGAGGGCCACUUGGCUUUUCGGGCGGCGGUGGAGUUUGACCUCAAAUAUGUGAGAAGAUCUUCAGACAGGCUUCUAUCACCGUUGACAUCAUCCAGGGCAGUCGUCAUGCUGUCACAAUGUGCAUGCGGAGUAGCAACGUUCCUCGGCGCAUGCUUGGUAUCUUUGCUUCUCACACCACCCUGUGACGGAGGGAAGGUUCUGGUUUUCCCUGUAGAUGGCAGCCACUGGAUCAACAUGAAGAUCCUGAUUGAAGAACUCCACGCUAGGGGACACAGUGUCACGGUCAUAAGGGCCUCCACCAGCUGGUACAUCAAGGAGGAGUCUCCUUUGUACACCUCCAUUACCAUCUCUCAGGUCCCCGAUUUUGAAAACUUUUUUGGUGCAUUCAUACAGAAGUACAUCCAGGCACAGAGAGAACAGUCAGCAUUUACUGCCGCCAAACUCAACUACGAAUUCCUCAGUAUGAUUUUUAAUGCCCAUUCACUAGCCUGUGAGAUGGGUAUUAAAAUCCUGGAUGAUGAAAAUGUGGUCAAGACCUUAGUAGAUGCCAAGUAUGACAUGGUCCUUGCCGACCCUGCCGUAGCUUUGGGCGUCAUUCUGGCCAAGUAUCUCAAACUACCUAUGGUGCUCAACGUUCGCUGGCUCCCCAGUGGAGAGGGCCACUUUGCCAUAGCCCCCUCUCCACUUUCUUACGUUCCCGUGCUGGGAUCUGGCUUAUCGGACAGGAUGAGCUUCAUCCAAAGGAUCAAAAACGUGUUCUUCUACGGCAUAAUAGGAUUCCAGCAGACAUUCUUAGUUGGACCCAGCUACAAUCCCAUCUGCAACAAGUACUUUGAGGGCAGAUGUGACAUCAUAUCAUUCCUCCAGGAAGCAGACAUCUGGCUGUUUAGGUCUGAUUUUGUGUUUGAUUUUCCCCGGCCCACAAUGCCAAAUGUGGUCUACAUUGGGGGAUUCCAGUGUAAGCCUGCUCAGUCACUGCCGGCAGAUCUGGAGGAAUUUGUUCAGAGUGCCGGGGAGCAUGGCGUGAUCAUUAUGACUCUGGGUACUUUGGUCGGUGCAUUACCUGGUCCCAUUGCAGAGGAGAUUGCCAGUGUUUUUGCCAAGAUGCCACAAAAGGUUAUUUGGAGGCACGUUGGUGAGCGUCCCGCUACUUUGGGCAACAACACCCUGUUGAUGAACUGGAUACCCCAGAAGGAUCUUUUGGGCCACCCCCAGAUCAAAGUGUUUGUCGCUCAUGGAGGAACCAACGGCAUCCAGGAGGCCAUAUAUCACGGGGUGCCGGUGCUCGGUUUACCGCUGUUCUUUGAUCAGUUUGACAAUCUGAUACGCCUGCAGGAGAGAGGAGCUGCAAAGAUCAUAGAGCUAGCUGAUCUUAACACGCACACUUUUGAGCAGGGUCUAAAAGAAGUCCUUCACCAAGAUCACUAUAGACAGAACAUGCAAAGACUGUCCAGUUUGCACAAGGACCAGCCAAUAAAGCCCAUGGACCAUGCCAUCUUCUGGCUGGAGUAUGUCAUGCGCCACAAAGGGGCUCCUCACCUGCGCACAGAGGCCUAUAAGAUGCCCUGGUACUCAUACUACUGUUUAGAUGUACUGGUGGUGCUCCUGACAGCUGUAAUAGUCCUCGUUUUCUUAACUGUGAAGGGUUUUGUUUUCCUGUGCUGCAGAGGAAGGACAAAGACCAAGGCCAAGCAACACUGACUGGAGCUAAUGCUAGCAUUGCUUAGAAGAUGGAAGCAUUAUACAAAUCCAAAUGUUAUCUGGAGUUUGAUAGAUUAAGCCUGCACAAUAGUCCACCAAACUAGCCCGAGAUCAAAAAUGUCUUUUCAGUGUUGUGUAACAUUAUUUCUUCCUCUUCCCUCUGGCCUUACGGAGUUAAUUACAUGAUUCAUACCAUAUGAGGCUGUGAUGCAGGACUGCUUUCAAUUCGCACAGCCUUCAAGCCGCUACGCUUCAGUUCCCCCUACAAGCUCCUUUCCAGAGUGUGACUUGCAAAAUGCAGACCCACAACUGAUACGCGAGAAGCUGGAAUGGACGUCCAGACAUUUUCGAGCAAAGUUAUUAGACAACGCAGCAGCAACAGCUAAAUUCACUAUGGCAGGUAGUCCACUUUGAAAGGUUUUACAUUUCCCAAAUGUUUAUCGAGUUUUUUUUAAGGAAUCUCAUUUACUCGGAAUCCACAAAUAGUCGCGAGACACGACAAACGAUGUACUGCGGGCGACAAUGCUGUGAUUGUUUUAGAUUUAUUUCCUCUCAUAUUUGAGAUGUGGUGUCAAUAACGGGGAUAAUUAGUAUCAGUGGUGUGAUGAUGUCAUAAGCCGCUGAGCCAUUAGGUUCCCCAUGUGAUGUGUGUCUUUCAGGAAAAUCCCCAUUGCCCUUCCUUGUAUGUACAGCAAACAGUAUAAACUGUAUUUGUCUUAUGACCUCUAAAUGA